UUAGAGGAUUAGGCUGUAUAUAGUAAACUGAAAUGUUAAAGUUGUUUAGGGUUGUACGACCUAUAUUAUUUAAAUUCCGACCCAAAUUUAAUCCUGUAACAAUAUGCAUUGUUACAAAACAAUUUACUUCAAAUUCAGCCAUCCCACAAGUUGUACAAAGUAUAAAAAAUGAAAAGUUACCCAACAGCAAGUUUUCCUACCGGUCCCACACUUGUGGGGAACUUAGGAUUAAAAAUGCUGGAGAAGCAGUUUCAUUAUGUGGUUGGUUGGAAUAUAAAAGAAAAGACUUCCUUGUGUUAAGAGACUCUUUUGGCUCAGUCCAGAUUUUAAUAACUGGAUACGAAGAUAAAAAUCAAACAUUUCAAAAUGUUAAACCAGAAUCUGUGGUGAAAGUCACAGGAAAAGUUACAACUCGUCCAGAAGGCCAAGCCAACCCUAAUAUGAUAACAGGAGAAAUAGAAAUAAUACCCGAUAACAUAGAAAUCCUUAAUAAAUGUAAAUUUCUUCCCUUCAGAGUUCAAAAGUUCGCAGGUAAAGGAGAAAGGAUACGUCAGAAAUAUCGAUACCUUGAUAUUCGAGGCGACAUUCUUCAACAAAAUCUUCGACUCAGAUCAAAAGUCCUUUCCAAGAUGAGAAAAAGUCUGGAGGAAAAUUGUUUUGUUGAAGUCGAAACUCCAACUCUCUUUCACCCAACACCAGGAGGGGCUAGAGAGUUCAUAGUGCCAUCGUCUUCGAACCCAGGAAAGUUUUACUCCCUCCCACAGAGCCCACAACAAUUGAAACAACUACUGAUGAUAGGUGGAGUGGAUAGAUAUUACCAGUUCGCUCGUUGUUACAGAGAUGAACCUUUUAAGAGGGAUCGACAAGUGGAGUUUACGCAACUUGACAUAGAGAUGUCAUUUGUCGAUGUUAAUGAUGUCAUCAAGUUAUCUGAAGAAGUGAUAAAGUCAAGUUGGCCGCGUAAAUUUUCAGAUGAAUCGUUUAAACUAAUAACAUAUGAUGAUGCAAUGUCAAAGUAUGGGAGUGAUAAACCUGAUACAAGGUUUGGUAUGUUGCUUCAUGAUAUCACUACUUUUAUUCCAGAUACUUUGGUUGAACUAUUUCAAGGUGAUCACUCCGAUCCAGUGAAUAUACAAGCUGUGGUUGUGGAGAAUGCUCAGAAACAUUUCUCUUCAAAGUUUCGAAGGUAUAUUGGGAGUAGAAUGACAUCUGCCAUAGAUGACCCUUCUCCAUAUGCGUUGCUUGGUCUUGUAAAUGGUCAAUGGAGUGGUUAUCACAAGAACACAAAUAUUGGCUCAAUGGUCACAAAACAACUGGUUGAUCAUCUGCAAUUAGGGGGUAGUGACAUUGUUGUUGUUUCAUGGGGAGAAAAAAGGUCGGCACAAAAAACAUUAGGCGCGUUAAGAAGAAUUAUUUCAAGAAUAUUUGAUGAAAUUUCAGUGAAACAUCGAAAUGUUGAUUUAGAUCAGUUUUUAUGGGUGGUUGAUUUCCCUUUGUUUGAAGCUGACCCAUACACUGGAAGCUUAUGCACUGUACAUCAUCCAUUCACUUCCCCACAUCCAGAUGAUGUACAUUUACUUGAAGUUGACCCCUUAAAAGUACGAAGUCAAGCCUAUGAUCUUGUACUGAAUGGAAAUGAAGUAGGGGGAGGAUCGAUUCGCAUCCACGACUCAAAACUUCAACGACAAAUAUUCACACUUCUCAACCUCGAUUUUACCGAACUUUCGUAUUUAUUGGAAGCUCUUAACUCUGGUGCCCCACCGCAUGGAGGAAUUGCAUUCGGUAUCGACAGAAUUAUGUCUAUUCUAUGCGGGACAGAAACAAUACGAGAUGUGAUAGCUUUCCCGAAAAAUUCACGCGGUGAAGAUCUGAUGACAAAUUCACCAAUUUCAAUCAAUUCAAAUAUAUUAAAAGAGUUUCAUAUUAAAACUAAUGUUUCGGAUAAAUAAAUUCAAUUUAUUUUAACGUAAUUCGAAAGCAAAAAAAAUGUGAUAAAAUCACUUUAUUUAUUGCAAUCAAUGUUUUAUGCUGUACUGCUGAAGUAAAUGUCUUGAAAAUGAGGUCAUGUUCCUUACUUUUGCAAAAAAAUGGAGUUCCUAACUUAUGAUUACAAUUUUAGA